AUGACAGAAGGAGAGAAAGGAAGCGUAGACGUGGACCCUUGCAAGGAAGACCCACAUGACUACUACCAAAAGGAAAAUGAGAAAAACCAAUUGGACAAGUACCUAAUAAAAAUGGGAGACCUUACUAGGAGGAGUAGCCUUCCUGAGGACAGAGAUUUGUACAGAGCAAAAUAUGAUGUGAUCACUACAGAUUCUAUUUCCACGACGACGGAGGAAGUUUCCUGUCUUUGCCCCCUCGAGGGGAAGGGCGACGAUAAGGACACGAUGCGUUUUUCGGAGGAGGGAGAGUACGGGGGUGCUUCCCUCGACCUGACGCUGGAUGAUCAGCAGUCCACCAAAGUUGACAACGGGGGGAGUAGCGGCAGCAGCGGUAGCAGCAGUGGGAGGAGUUCCGGGGGGAGAAGCGCCGGCACGAGGAGUGUCCAUGUGAGAAGUGGCCAUGUGAGAAACGGCGAUGUGAGACGCGGCAGCGUGAGUAGCCUCGGCAAAACCGUUUGGGCCAUGGGAAGUGCCGCGGCGAGUGCGCGCAAAAUGGACGCGCCGAAAUUUUGUGACGAUAAGGAUUUGUACCCGGUUGAUUGCGGCAAACUGGGAAGACAUAGCGAAUCAUUUUUAAUUAACAAAAGUGAAAUGAGCAAAGGGAAGGAGGACCCAUGCGAGAGUUUAUCCUCAGUUAAGACCCCCUCGAGUGGCAGCACUACCCACCAGGCGAAUGGCAGGCUGCACGACUAUGCAAGCGUGCUAAGUGGAAAGGAACACGAAAGCAGUAAUUACAGUCUGAGGCAGAAUACGCAUAUGACCGAAUUGUCAAAUGAAAGCACCCCUUCGUUCCGCCCACAUGGCGGCUACCCUCCCUUCGUCGCCAAUCAAGUGAACCAUAUGAGCAGUAGGAAUAGUGCCCCCCAUAUGUUUAAUGGGAUUAAUAUAGGUACUACAGUCGGAGGGCAGAAAAACCCCGGAGCAGACGGGAAUUAUACGAGGAUGGUCCUUCGAGGACAUCCCAGCCUUAUCAAUUGUGUGCAUAAGAGUGGAAAUAAAAAUAGCCUAAACGCUUUGCAUUUGAAGAAUGGCGGCCGGUGUACCCAUGGGGUGGGUCAGGAAGGCAGGGGGGGAAGUCCCCCUCUGGGGAGUAACGUCAAACUGAUAAGAGGAGCAGCCGAUCUGGAAAGGUUCGUCGGAAAUGUGGGUGGUGGGAGAAGCGUCAACGGGGUGAGAAACCAGGAAGUGGCUCGAAAUGGGGAAGUUUUAAGAAACCAAGAAAUGGCUCGAAGUGGGGAAGUUAUGAGAAAUGCCAACAGCUGGAGAGGCAGCAAGGGGGGCGCGCACAGCUUGGCUUUCAGCGGAGCAAGCAACAAUAUGCGCAACAUCAGUCGCACGGAAAAUUUGAAGAGCCUAAGCAGCCAGAACAGCGGCAUGUACCACCUGAGUGUGAGGAUGAAUAAGCUGAGGAGUAACACAGCUGUGUUGAGUGACCCGCGGGAGGCUCCCCCCAUGUUGGCGGUACAAGCAGUGCCACCAGUGCAGACAGCAAUGCCACCGGUGCAGACGACAGUGCCACCGGUGCAAACGACAAUGCCCCCGGUGCAGACAGCAAUGCCACUGUUGCAUGGUACACAACACCCCAUGCAUGCAGCUCAUCCGCUACACGUAGCGGCGCACCCGAUACACACAGCAGCGACGGGCACCCCCAAGAAUGCCAUGCACCUGUUGGAAGGGAACCCAAAUUACAGCCCCAAAGUUGAGGAUAAAAAGAAACUAACUACUGUCAGUGGGGGCGACGUGAAAGUGCCAACGAUGACGCAUCCGCAUGUGAAGAGCAGCGUGGAGAGCGCGAACAUGAGAUUUAAUUCGAGCAGGUUUCUCAGUAGAAGCUGCUUUGGUGGUGGCCAUACGGUGGUGGAUUCGUUUAGGGAGGGUCCCCAGCGCGUGGGCAGAAGUCUCAGCUUCAUGGGCGUGAGUCUCGACAGGGACGUGGGUCCGCCCUUCCAAGGGGUGGUGGGGGGUCCCAGUGGCGGCCGCCUCCCAGGCAGCGCGCUGCCGAUUCGGGGUGACACCAGGAGGGGCAGCUUUAGUGGGGGCGUCGGCGUAAACGUGAGCGUACCGUUUGGGGGACCACUUACUGGACCGCUUAGCGGACCGCUUGGCGGCCCGGGUAGGGACUUCCCCGUGCACACCUGCAAAGGGGUGAUGAAGAACCCAAUCGAUAGCAGCUCUGUCAAUGGCGGCAAUUGCGGCAAUUGCGGCAAUUGCGGCGGUUACGGCGGCUGCGGCAGUUGCGGCGGCUGCGGGAUGGCCAUCCUGAAAAACCUGCAGAGCAGACAGAGAGGCCUAACCGGGCCGUAUAAAAAAAUAAAUGAAGAGCAGUGCAAGGUGCUAAAGACGGUGGCACAGCGGAGACACUUGCUUGGCUACAAACAAAUGAGCAACUGGAUGAGUGCGUUUGAGAGUAAAUGUCGAGGGAAGAAUGAUAAGAGGAGACCAUCCGCAACGUCCUCCCUGAGGAGUGGCAUACCCAAGCCGAACGAUAAGAUGAGCAAGGAAAAGGAAGCGCAGCUACUUGACGUAAUGGUGAAGGAAGCGAGUAAAACCAUUGGUGGAAAAAAAAGAAGAGCCCUGUCCACCAAAUUUGAAAUAAAAACGUUCCUUCUUAACACAGUGAAGGCCAUCGGAAUUGUGCAAACCAAGUGGAAGCUCAAAGACUUCGGGAUGCAUUUCUGGUUUCACAUUAAAUGCAUUGAAAAGGAAAGGGACCUCAAUUUUUAUGUAAAAUUUUUUGAUGCCCUGUUUCAAAUAAUGACUGGAAAAGGAAUUUACUUUCAACCCAACGAUUUGAAUUUCCUGGUGAAUCUUUUUAAGGAGUUUCGCAUUUACGAUUGUAAAAAUAUUUUGAGGACAAGCUUAAGAGCACUGAACAGGUACGCCAGGAGGAACUCCAAAGAUUUUUCUAUCCUGGACAAUGACGAGGACAUCCUGGAUGUGAACAGGGCGCUGUUGCUCGGAGGGGCGUCGCCAACGGUAGCGGAAGAGGCAGCCAACACCGCAGUGGAAGGCGAAGCGGCCGGGGCGGGCACAGCCAUUCGCCCCCCCCCGAGCGGCGGCAACUUUUUCGAUUUCCUGUUUGGCUCUCUCAAGGAUAACCACGACGCGCUGCAGAAGGUGGGGCAGGAGAAAUUGUACCUCUCCAAUGUGUUUGCCAAUUUUAACGAGCUGAACUAUGGCGAGCUGUUCCAUUUGUUUCUGAGGAGGAGUGGGAGGUGA